AUGGAGACCCAGAUGGCCAGCCUCUCGCUGGGACGGUGUUCGUUGUGGCUCCUGCUGCUGGGACUAUUGCUGCCCUCGGCCAGCGCCCAGGCCCUCAGCUACAGGGAGGCCGUGCUUCGUGCUGUGGGUCAGCUCAAUGAGAAGUCCUCAGAAGUUAAUCUCUACCGCCUCCUGGAGCUAGACCCGCCUCCCAAGGAUGCGGAGGACUGGGGAGCUCGAAAGCCUGCAAGUUUCAGGGUGAAGGAGACUGUGUGCCCCAGGACGAGCCAGCAGCCCCCGGAGCAGUGUGACUUCAAGGAGAAUGGGCUGGUGAAACAGUGUGUGGGGACAGUCAGCCUGGACCCAUCCAAUGACCAGUUUGACCUAAACUGUAAUGAGUUUCAGAGUGUCAGGAGACUUCGUCCCCAGCAUCAACAUUUCCCAAGCGAAAGGGCCAAGACCAUGGCCAAAGCCAUUGCCAUUACCACUGCCAAGGCCAGGGCUAAGGCCAUGGCCAAAACCACUGUGAUAAUCAUUGUGAAGGCUAAGGUCAAGUUUAGCGCUGUGGCCAAGACCAAUGCCAAGUCUACGUCCAUUCCUGCUGACAUCUCUCAUUUCAAGCUGACCUUUGCUCUGGAGCAGAUGGUAGCCCUGGGGAGUUUGAAUCCAGGGAGCAGCUUCAACUAA